AUGUCUUCAUCUGCAUCACAGUCGAAUAAAUGGCGCAGAGUCACCUUGGCCUGCCAAACUUGUCGGCAUCGGAAAUCCCGGUGUUCGGGUGAUCGGCCAUGCAUCCUGUGCCAAGAACUAGACGUCGAAUGUCUGUACGGAGAAGGUGGCAGUCCGAACAAUCUAACAAUGGGAAAAAGAAGCCAUGAUACAUCGGAACUGGGAGAGAUUGAUGUAUCCGAGAGCUCGAUAGACGGAAUGGGAGCAAUGAAGCUUACAGAUGAAGAAGAUUGUGGUUUCUUUGGGCCUUCUUCCAAUAUCGCCUUCAUGCGUUAUAUAUCUCGAGCAAUAGCAAAAGCAAGCCCACACAGGGAACCGACCCUGAGACCAUCUCCGCCGCAAAGGGAAUGUGGCGGAAUGGUCAGCAUUGCCAAAUCACGACCUCCGUCGAGGGGCCCAGCAUCGGGUGCCGAGAACUCGACCCCGAGCCCGGCUGUCAACAUCCACGCCUUACCUAGCGAGGAGCGUACGUGGAGUCUAAUUCAGCAGUACUUCUACAAGACCGGACAGCUCCUGCCAUUUAUCCAUGAACCAUCAUUCUGUAAGACAUACUUUCAGAUGAAGAGGGAAAGAUUUAGCAAGGUUCGCAGAACUUGGCUUGGUCUACUCAACAUUGUCCUCGCCAUCGCAGCAAGUCUAUCGACUAAGGGUGAUGUGCCUGCGGAGAAGCGCAUACAGGAGUUUGACGUGUAUUAUCAAAGGGCGAAUGGCCUUUGUGAUCGAGACUCUAGACGGAACGCCAGUCUUGAGAUGGUACAAUAUCUCCUGAUCCUGGGCCAGUAUCUUCAAGGUACUCAAAAGUCAGUACAGGCCUGGACCGCGCAUGGGCUGGCGAUAUCUGCGACGUAUCAAUUAAGUCUUCAUUCUCCAGAUGCCAAUCGGGGGUUUCCGCCAUUGGAAUGUGAAAUUCGGAAGCGCACCUGGUUUGGAUGUGUGCUCCUUGAUCGCACUCUAAGCAUGACUUUCGGCCGCCCGUGCAGUAUCCCUGAUUCUUACGUGAAGUUGGACAUGCCCUCUCAAAACUUGCAGAUGCUCAGUUUGACCCCGGAAACUGAGACUCAUCCUAUGUUGAAUGAAUCGUGCUACGGUGCCAAUCUAGGGACCGAAGUCCCCACAAGCUCUAUAGAUGCCAUGUCGGGGAUCCUCGAAGACCAGCGUCGACUUGAUGAAUGGCGUCUUCAACAGUUACCCUCUCUGGGACUCCAAGUCUGGGAUACCCCCAUGAGCUGCGAGGAUAUUGAGAAGAUGGAUGCAGGCUCCGUAAUCCAUCAUAGGUUUAAUGUUGUACUCUCCGUGCGGUAUAAUAACCUUCGGAUUUUGGUCCAUCGCCGCUGCUUGGAGAGCCUCCUCGAUUCAUUCCAGACUCAAGACGACACUAUGGUGACGUCUGAAACACGGUUGCUUCAGCAUAUGGGACUUAACAGUGUUGCUAGUUGUGUUGAAUCGGCCGUGUCGAUUAUGUCUACUGUAUACAAUAUAUCUUCCGGUAGUGGCUGGCGACGUGAGUUUCUGGGUGCAUGGAACUAUUCGCUUUAUUACACAUUCAACGCAGCACUAGUCAUUUUCGGCUCCCUAAUCGUGGCAUCAAAGGAGCGUGACCGUAACCCAUCAGCUUGGACUAUGAUCUACCAUUCCCGGUCCUAUAUAGACACGGCGGCUGAAACACUGCGUCAACUUGAUUCCGGCAAUCCUGUCGUUGAGCGGUGUUAG